ACUAGUUAUCCUAGUUAUGCCCUAUACCGCCCUAUUCGCCCUAAAGUUCCGAUGGUGGUCGACGAUUGUAUUUCUAGGUUAUGUUUGGAUCUGUGCAGCGCCGGCAAUACAAAAUAGGAUUACGGUUUGAUGCAGGAAAGGGAGUAGAUGUGUGAUAAUCAUAAGCCUUGACAGAACUUAGCCAUUGAUGUGUAUUUUAAGAUAAUGAUUAGUUGGUUGGUUAGGUAUCGUGUAUGAUUGACGUCGUCAGUGAUUUAACGUACUGUCAUGUCUGUGCCUUUGCCGUCAGACCCAGAGUUGGAAACUAAAGUUAAAAAGGAAGCCGUGUUACUUUUCAUUUAUAGCAACAGAAAGGAUUUCAGAGAACAUGCACAUUGUGGCGAACGAGCCGUCCCUCGCAUUUUAUCGUUUGCAAGAGCAUGUACGUAAGGCACUGCCGCCCAUGGUGGAAAAUAGGGUGGAGGUCACCAAACUGCAUCAUGAGUUGCAAGGACGUUGCUAUGAUGUUGAAUAUGCUGUUGGAGCAGUGAAGUCAAUGGAGGGGGCAGAGGAGAACCUUGCCAACAUACAGGAGCUGCUGAAGAAUGCAGUGUUCCUACGACAGCAGAUCAAGUAUGAGGAGGCUCGCAGGAACAAGAAGGAAUCUGGCUCUGUGUACAAACGUCUGUCUGCACACAUCACAUUGGAUCUGCCAGAUCUGCCAGAACUGUCGGAUGCAUUUCGUGAGACAGCCAGCCGUGUUGAGUCCAUGAUGGCACACGCUACCACACGCCAUUCAGCUGGGGCAGAACUCCAGCGAUCUCACACCAUGCACCAGUAACACCACUUCCUACUUCUGUGUUUGUGCUCCGUAUGCUUCAGUGUCAUCAAGUGCAUAGAUUGUUUGUGAAGUUGGGGUUUUUGAUGUUACUUUCUUUGUCUAUGAUAAACAUGAACUGAAAGUUGAGUUUGUUCCUUUUUGUACCCAUGCCACAAAGAAUUUCCAGGAUGGUGAUGGUAUUUACUGUUGUAUUCUUAUGCAGCUCCUUUUUGGCCUUGUAAGCAAAUAUAAAGUUCUUGUCACUACCAACA